AUGGCGGAAAGGAAAAACUUUCGUCCGAAAGUUGCUGUUUUCGGACUUGGACGAAUUGGAAAUAUUCAUUUACGUCAUAUAGUGCAAAGUUCUGCAUUUGAAGUUGCAUACUUGAUUGACAUUCCAUCGAUGCUUGAAAAAAUUCGGAACUUGAUUGACAACUAUUGUUUAAAAGACACCGUCGUCUGUUCCCCAGAAGAAACCGAUGAAAUUCUUAGUAAACCUACGCUGGAUGCAGUUGUGAUAUGCACUACUGUUCACGGAAGAGGAGAUCUUAUCAUCAAGUCAUUAAAUUCUGGGAAGCAUGUUUUUGCAGAGAAGCCGCUUGCUUUAACGGAGGAAGAAGUAGUUGACUGCUACAGAGCAGCCAAGACAAAUAACAAGACCCUGCAAUGCGGAUUCGAUAAAAGGUUCGAUGUUAGCAUACAGAAAUUAUACGAAAAAAUUCGUUGUGGUGACUUAGGCACUCUAAGAACAAUUAAGCUGUCGGCUAGAGAACUACCGUCUACAUGUACAAAGGAAUACAUUUUAUCCUCAGGUGGAUUUCUAACCGACAGCGCAAUUCACGAGUUCGAUCUUUUAGUGUGGUUGGCAGGAGAGCGACCACAAUCAGUGCUUGCCUUCGGUCAUGCACACAAUCCGAUGAUUAAAGAAUGUGGUGAUUUUGAUAGUGUAAACGUAGUACUGAAGUUUCCAAGCGGAUUAUUGGCAUUUAUCGAAAACUUCAGAGGAGUCCCCUAUGGUUAUGAUCAGAGAUAUGAGGUUUUAGGUACCAAGGGAUGUGCUGUCAUCGAAAAUCCAAAAGAAUCACAGUUGUGCUUAUGGGACGAGAAAGGAAUGCAUUCUGAUCUGAUGUGGCAGCAAGCUCUUACGCGGUUCACAGAUGCCUACAGAAAUGAAAUUGAGCACUUUGCAGCAGUUAUCAAAGGAGAAACUGACUGUAUUGUUAAAGGAGAGGAAGUGACGUAUGUCAGUAGAUUAUGCGCGUCUGCCAUGGAGUCUCUACAGCAAGGAAAAGUGAUAAACCUUACAUAG